AGAGAGAAAACCGGCGGAGAAAAUUGUGUACGAGGCUACGAGGGAGAAGUGUCGUACCCUUGUCUGACACUGCAAGGACUCCAACUCGACCAAUACAAGAGCACUGCGUCUGAGCGACACCCCUUUCCUUUCCGAUCUCUUUACGGGCGGGAAGUGCUCGAAUGGGAAAGCCAGACUACCCCCCAUUCAAUGAGCAUACGAACGAGCCGUGAGCAUUAAAUAAGAAACCCUGAAUCACAGCGACUGAGACAUGGAAGAGGUCUAGAGAGAGAGAGAGAGAAAGAGGGAGAAGAUAUGGCUUGUAAGAUGGAAACAUGCAAGGAAUGCAUCAAAAAAUGCUUGUCGCUUCAUGGGAAGAGAGAUUCAUCACCUCUUGCUACUUCCUUUUUCAAAGUCAUGGUUGGCGAUAAAUUCAAAGAAGUAUUGUUCUUACCUCCUAAAUUUGUCCGCGAAUUAGCAUCCCUGGUUGGCAAGAAAACUUGCCUUGAAGACUCAAAUGGAGAACGUUGGAAGGUAAAUGUAUCAACUGUUGAUGGUUCAUUAGCUUUUCAGCAAGGAUGGGAUAAAUUUGCAUCAGACCAUUCUCUGCAAGAGGGAUAUUUUUUGGUGUUCAGUUACAUUAUUGGCUCACAUUUUGUAGUUAAGAUAUUUGAUAAAAGUACAUGUGAAAAGUUAAGUUUCUCUGAGAGAACAAAUGUGACUACAAAUGGAACUACUGGAAAAAGAAAAAGAGCCAAGUCGAAACACCCCUCUGAUGGUUUUCCUACAGAAGCCAGAAAAUCUGCCCCUACAAAUGGCCCAUGCAAAAUAAUUGACCGGGUUUCAAUUAAUGAGCAGGGGUCAAGUUCUACAGUUAUUUCAUCUGAUAUUGAAAUAAUUGAAUGUGAUGCUAAAGACAUGGAGAAAGUACCAGUGGCCAAUGGCAAUAAAAGGCCCCAAGAUCUUCCAAAAGUAGACUGUGCAGAAGUACCAUACUACAUGAUUGAUAGAAAUUCAAUAACUGAACAAGGAGAAAGCUUCUCUCUUUUUGACCUCUCUAAAUUUGAAAUGUUAGGGAGUACAUCUGAUUGUAAGAAAAGUAACAAAAUUUCAGUGAAUGUUGAGAAAGAAAAAUGUCCCUAUGGUGAUGAGAGAUCAGAAAUUCCUCCGGCUCCAUUGGAGCAAGGUAGAGUGGACAAAAAUCCAGUGGCUGAUGAAAGCUCAGAAAGACCUCAAACCUUAUUGGAGGAAGGCAGAUUUCAUAAUGAUCCAGUUGCUGAUACAAACAGAGCGGCUCCUUUUGACGGAUCUGGUUUCAAAAUGUCUGAGGAAAAAUGGAAUGCUGAAGAUAUGCCCAGGGUACCACAGAUUACAGAAUCCUGUUACCAGAAUAGCCCUACGCUGCCUCAGACCACGUGCUUAGUGGACCUUGUGGAAAAUGAGAGGGGGAAUGAGAUUUUGAAUAGAGCCAUCAACCAAGGAGCAGGGAAAUGCCCAGAGAGAAAAUCUCAAGAGGAACAUACUCCCUUUGUUGGAAUCAGUAGAAGUAUUUGUCCGAUUACUUGGACUUCUGAUCAUUCAGUUACUGUAGCAGGGAAGAAGCUGCCAAGGGUGGUUAAAGAAGAGCAUGUGGAAAUAACUAAAGAAGUUCAUGCGGCAAAGGAGCCCAAAGUUAUUAAAGAGGAAUUUGAAGAGAAUGCUUAUUCCACUUUAAAAGAUCAAGUGAAAGUUUGCAAGAUGGUGAAAACAGAAAUUGUGGAUUCAAUUGAUCUCCCAUCACCCAACCUGGGUGAUUUCUGCAUUCCAGUGUCAACAGUUACACAAUCUUGGCUUGAAUUGCCAAGAGAAACACAGCCACUUGCCUACAGAGUGAGGUCAAGAACAGAAAGGAAGAUUAUAUUUCUUCAAGAUUCAGCCAUGAGAGUGUGGCCUGUCCUUUACCAUGAAAGACCUGGAUUUAAAGUGUUGGCAAGUGGAUGGGAAGCUUUUGCCGAGGCAAACAACAUUCAACAAGGAGAUGUCUGCGUUUUUGGUCUUAAAAAUGAAUCAGAAGGUUUGUAUCAAGUACGCGUUGCUAAAAAGUAAGACCAAACUGCAAUGACAGGAAGGCUUGUCUUGUCAAAUAUGUAUAAAUACAGACAAAUUUUUAAUAUCACAGAUUUCUUAAAAGAUUGAUCAGUUAUACUGCAAGGUUUUCCUGGAAACACAGGUUUUGUAUCUGACUAGAAAAUAUAUGGCUUGGGCUUUUGAAGUCUAAUUAGUAAAUUGCUUUCCAAGUACA